AUGAAACCUGUUGUUUACGAUGGUAAAGAGGACUGGGAGGAGUAUCUCUCUCGGUUUGAGAUAGUGGCAGACAUUAAUAGAUUGGAUGUAAAGGAAAAGGGCUUAUAUUUGGCAGGGAGCUUGGCUGGGGCUGCAAGGGCAGUGCUCAGUGAUUUAGAUACAGAGAGUCGUCGCGAUUUCACUCAGUUGACUUCUUCACUUCAGCGACGUUUCGGCAGUGAAUGCAAGUCAGAAAUGUUCCGUGCAAAGUUGCAGACAAGGGUGAAGGGAAAGGAAGAGUCAAUAUCCGAUCUGUCAAGGGCUAUUCGAAAACUCACUCGCCAGGCCUAUCCUAAGGCACAGCAGCAAGUCUUGGAGACUCUUUCGGUGGAUUACUUCAUCGACGCCAUUGUUGAUCCAGAUAUCCGCCUUCGCCUCCGAGAAGCUCAGUUGGAGACUCUGACGCAGGCUGAAACCCUUGCUGUGAGGCUCGAGUCCUACAAGUUGGCUGAUAAGUUCAGGAAUCGGCCAGUGCGAGCUGUUGAAGGGAUGGGUGAUGUUGCCAAAGCCCUUGAUGACAAAUCUGCUUGUGCUUCGAAUGCUCCUCCAAAUGAAAAGUUAGUCCAGUCCCUUAGAAGUGAGAUUGAGUCCCUGAAAAAGAAAGUAGAAUCCAAGGAUGGGAACCGUAGUGGGCAAGGUCAAUCCGGUCGAAGUUCGCAUCGGGGCAAUCUUAAUCCGAAGUGGUCAAAUCAGAAUGGCGGCAACUCUCAAAAAGGCCAUAUCAAUGCUGAAGCUAACAGGAACUCGGAAAACUCCAAGAAGCCGGACUCGAGGGCCGUAGCCCGGAAAUAG